AUGUGGAACCCGGAGAAGGAGGUUUUGAUUAGGGCUCUUCGCGAAUGCAGCGCUGCGAGGGAUGUGGGCGAGGGCGCGCGCCUCCACUGGCGCAUCCGAUCCAGCGCGCUGCUCAGCGGCGAUCCCUUGCUCGGCAAUCUCCUCGUCGACAUGUAUGGCAAAUGCGGCAGCGCCGACGCCGCGCGGGGCGUCUUCGAUUCCAUGCCGCGCAGGAACCUCUUCUCGUGGACGAUCAUGCUGGCGAGCUAUUGCCACAACAGGUGCGUGGAUCAGGCCAGGGAUCUUUCGCGCAGGAUGCCCUUCCACGAUCCAAUCGCUUGCAACGCGCUCCUCUCGGCCUAUACCCACAAGGGGCAUCUGGAAGAAGCGAAGUCUCUCUUUGAUGAGAUGGAGUCUCGCGAUGUUAUUACCUGGAGCGCCAUGGUGCAAGGAUUUCAAGAGAAUGGGAAGCUUGACGAAGCGGCCGUGGUGUUUGAGAGAUCCCCCCGGCGAAACGUUGUGACUUGGAACUCCAUGCUAGCUGCAAAUGCCCAGUCCGGCGAUUUCGAGUCUUGCAAAGAGUUUUUUGAUGGCAUGCCAGAGCGAAGCGUGGUAAGCUGGACGACGGUGGUUUCAUCCUCGGCCGAGUUCGUGAGCUCCGAAAAGGUGAAUGGGGAACUCGCUGCCGCCGAGAGCCUCUUCCGCGAUCUCCCGGAGCGAAACGUGGUGACUUGGAACUCAUUGGUGGCUGCCUGCGCUCAAGGUGGCGACAUCGCGAAAACACAGUGUGCCUUCGACAAAAUGCCGCAGUGGAAUGUGGUCUCAUGGACGACUCUCUGCCAGGCUCACUCGGACUGCGAGGACUUCGAACAGGCCAAACUUGUUUUUGAUUCCUCCUAUGCUCACAAUGCUCGUUUGUUCACUGCAGUGAUCUCGGCCUCACAGAAGGGCCACCUUUUGGAAGCAAAAGAGGCCUUUGACAAGAUGCCCGAGCAAGACGUGGUCUCCUCCACGGCUCUCAUGGUGGCUUUCUCGCGAAAUGGAGAGGUCGAACAGGCCAAGUCAAUGUUUGAUACUAUGCCGGAGAGAAACGUUAUCUCGUGGACGGCUUUGGUCCAAGCUUACGCUCAGCUUGGCGAUCUCCAGCAAGAGUGGAAAUCUCGUCCAAGCUGAGGAGCUCUUUGAUGCAAUGCCCGAGAGGGAUCUAGCGUCCUGGAAUGCGAUCGUGGUGGCUAACCACAGACACGGAACAACCAACGAGGUGAAGACUUUGAUAGAACAGAUGCCAAAUCCAUCGUCUGUGUUGUGGACUUUGGUUGCAGGACACGCUCAGCAGGGAGAUCUCGACGAAGCAAGAAGAGUUUUCCACAAGAUCUCGAGGCCAGAUGCUUACUGCUGGAACGUCAUGCUCGCUGCUUAUGUCAAUGGAGCGCGGGGAGCCUGCGCGAUCGAGCUUUUCCGUGAGAUGGAUCUGGAAGGUGUGAAGCAAGAGGAAGGAUCUUACUUGCACGUCUUAACAGCGUGCAGCCAUGCAGGAAUGGUGGAAGAUGGUGUGAAAUACUUUGUGUCCAUGGCUGAGGACUAUGGUUUGAGGCCAGAGAAGGAACACUUUGGAGCGAUGAUCGAUUUGCUUGGAAGAACGGGGAGAUUGAAAGAGGCCGAGGACGUCGCGAGAGACAUGCCUUCACCAGCCAGUGAAGUUGUGUGGGGGAUUUUGCUGGGAGCUUGUAAAACUCACGACGAUUUCGAGAGGGGGACUAGAGCUGGAGAGAGGGCCUUAGACUCAACGUCGUCGACAAUAACUUCUUCCUAUGUUUUGCUCUCAAACAUUUGUUCAUCACUGUAGAUACACUUUUCGGUAAUGGACAAAUUCAAAAAGUGCGAAAUAUUUGCAUUUUAUUAAA